GAUUCUACUUUUCCGAUUUGACCGAUUACUUCCCGACGCUCCCUUGACGUGGAGCAGCGUCAUUGCGGAAGUAGCUAAGUCUACGUGGGGAAGGAAGGUUGGCUUGUUCGUGUUUGAACUAAACUCUGCCUAAAACACGAUAAAUGUGCAACCUACGGAACCUACAAUAACCCUACCGCGCAUCGCGGAACCUACAACCUCCCCGCCCGCUAGCUGAAUGGCCUUGUACCGCCAGGGCGUGUAGAUCCGAUGGGAGGGAUAGCCGGGUAGUUCCCUGUAAUGCUUCGGUGGCUGCGGCAGUCUCUAAGGCAGGUGUCUAGACUGAUGGCCCGGAGACCAGUGCUUGUCUGCGGGGCGAUACUGCUGAGCGUCCUGCUACUACUGGCCGUUACAUUUACCUGCAGCCGGGCUAAGAAUGUGGUUGCGUCGGCGCGUCCCCCGGUGAGGUUCUUCUCUGCCGAGGCCCCUGUAGUGGACCUGUACCUGGGUCAGCUGGAGCAGGUGGAGAGGCUGAGGGGCGCGGCAGAGGUGUCCGUCAUCUUCUUCUACGCUCCCUGGUGUGCUCACUCCAUCGCCGCUCGCCACGAGGUCCAGGAGGUCGCCCGGAGGCUGGCCAGACAGGUGCAGUUUGUGGCAGUGAACUGUUGGUGGAGCCAGGGGAAAUGCAGGAAACAGAAGAGCUUCUACCAAUACCCUGUCAUCCACCUGUUCUACAAGAGGUUUGGCCCUAUAGAGUACAAGGGUCCGUUCCUGGCUUCCUAUGUAGAGAGGUUCAUCCUGAGAGUCAUCACCCCACUGACCUACCUACCAUCACGAGCCACACUACAAGACUUCCUGUCUUAUCACGAGCCGGGGGUAGUGGGUUAUUUUCAGUUCAACUCUUCUCCUCAGCCUCCCGGCUACAUCACAUACCUCUCCUCAGCUCUGCAGGCCUUGAAGAGAGACUUCCGUGGUGCAGUGCGUUUCGGGGUGGUGACCAGUAGACAGGUGGCAGAGUCCAUCUCAGUCAGAGAUGACCAGACCGUCUACCUGCACCGACACUUCAACUCCUCAUUGAUUUUCCCUAGUUGGGAGCGUAACUUCACCUCUGAAGGCAUCUGUUCCUGGGUCUUUGAGCACCGCGAGACCGUCCUCCAAUGGCUGGCGCCGACUGGUGCUAAGUCCCGCCUUCUGGAGCAGGAACUGACCAAAGGCCCUGCCCUCCUGCUCUUCCUGCCCCACAAUCCCCUGGGGCACGGCCCCGACCCGCUGCUGACGCAGAUUGCAGACGUCGCGGUUCGCUACCAUUCCUGUAGCGACUCCCCUCACCACCACCACCACCCCUCUGACCACUACUACUACAGUGGACCCUCCCAGCCUCUGUCCCCCCCUCUCUGCUGCCUCUCAGUGGUUCUGCCCAGGCCACACCCCCUCCCAGGCUCCACCUCCAGGGUUUGUGAGCUUUGUCUCAACCAGUCCAAUCCGGGUCGCUCUCCCCUGUGCACCUUCCCCUCCCAGACAUCAGGUGGCGCUGCCGUGCUCCAGUCCUACAUCAGACGAUGCUGCCUACCUGUUGCUGCGACGGCGACAACGGUUGCCUGUAGUAACAUCCUGAGUAGCUACAGCCCGUCGUCAUGGCACUAUAGUGCCUGUUGUAGAACUCUGGGACAGCUAGGGGUUUCCCUGCUCCCACAGCAGUGGCUAGGGCUAGACAACGAGGGGUUAGGGACACCCCCUCCCUCACCAUCCUCCUCCCAGGACUCCUCCCCGUCCUCCCAGGACCAGGAAGCAGGCGGGAUUAAAGGGUUGAGGUGUCGGACAAAUAAGACGCUCAGGUUCUACAUCCUGGACUCCGCCCUCCACUGGCCGCUGGCGGUGCGUCUCGGGGCGCUAGGCAACAACGAGAUGGGUGGUGGUGGCCUGGGGGAGUUAGGAAAGUUGCUAGGCAACGGGACAGGUGAUGGCGCACAGUCGUUUGCGACCAUCGUGAACCUGAAGGAUGAGGUGCACUACGUUCUGGACCACAGAGGAAACGCUACUGUUACAGAGUCUCUGGAGUUGUUCAUCAGGAACUUUAGCACCUCCCACAGCCCACUGCAGAGACGCCUGGUGGGGAGGAGAGAGGAGGAGGAGAGGCCCCAGAAGAGACCCCUCAUCUCAGAGCUGACCACCACCUCUUUCCUUACUACUGUCAUGGAUCCUCACAGGGAUGUGGUGCUGUUCUACUACAGUCAGUGGUGUGGAUACUGCUCUGUUCUAAACCACGUCAUCAUCCAGCUGGCUAGAAUGUUCCGUGGAAACAGCACCGUCACCAUCGCCAGGGUGAACGUGGCGCGCAACGACCUGCCGUGGGAGUUCAUGGUGGAUCACUUCCCCUCUGUCCUCCUCUUCCCCAGACACAGGAAACACCUGUCCGUCAAGUUCCCGGAGGACACGCCCAUCACUCUCCCCACCCUAUUACGCUUCAUCCUGAAGCACUCCGACUCCGCCCACCAGCCAAUGAAAGCAGACGGAUCCGACCCUCACCCUCACAUUCUCCUCAAGGCGGAGUUCCGCGCUCUACAAGGAGAAGUCCAGACAUUACAUCGUGCACGCCAGCGCCUCUCCAACCAACUGGCCCAGCUGUGGCGAGACAACCGGCGGUUAUCCUUCCACGCCGUGGCCCUGGAGACCCACAAUGCACUGCUGCAGUCCCAGAAUGGCGAGCUGCAGCGCGAGAGGCUGAGCCUAGUGGAGCAGCACAAGGAGAAGAGUCGUCAGUUAGGGGAGGCGGUCAGGAGACUACAGGAACUAGCGGACGCAUCAGAGAACCUUCUCACUGAGAAUACGCUGCUGAGGGUUUUACUGGGAGCUCUGAGAGCCAGGGAGACAGAGAGAGGGGAGGAGGAAGAGACGGGGGAGGAGAGAGGGGAGGAGGAAGAGACUGGGGAGGAGACAGGGGAGGAGGAUGAGGAGACAGAGGAGGAGAGGAGUUAUAUGGCCUCUUGACGGGGGAGGAGAAUACCCUGCUGAGGGUUUUACUGGGAGCCCUGAGAGCCAGGGAGACAGGGGAGGAGGAGGAGACAGUGGAGAAGGAGGAGGAGGAGACAGGGGAGGAGGAGGAGACAUGGAGGAGACAGUGGAGGAGGAGACAUGGGAGGAGGAGGAGACAGGGGAGGAGGAGGAGUUAUAUGGCCUCUUGAUGAAGGGGCAUGUCAUGCCAAGUAAUGCUGGUAGAACGGAAACCGCUGAUGAAUCACAGCCUCUUGACACCUCCCCCUAGAAGAAAGAGGAGGUACUAUGGGGGGCCCUGACAGAUGGCGGGAGUAGAGGAGGAGCGAGACCAGAGGAACCACAGCUUCAUAAUGCUCUCCUAGUGGAAGGAGGGAACACGACAUGGACACAGCAGCUUUAUAAUGCUCUCCUAGUGGAAGGAGGGAACACGACAUGGACACAGCAGCUUUAUAAUGCUCUCCUAGUGGAAGGAGAGAACAUGACAUGGACACAGCAGCUUUAUAAUGCUCUCCUAGUGGAAGGAGAGAACAUGACAUGGACACAGCAGCUUUAUAAUGCUCUCCUAGUGGAAGGAGAGAACAUGACAUGGACACAGCAGCUUUAUAAUGCUCUCCUAGUGGAAGGAGAGAACAUGACAUAGACACAGCAGCUUCAUAAUGCUCUCCUAGUGGAAGGAGAGAACAUGACAUGGACACAGCAGCUUUAUAAUGCUCUCCUAGUGGAAGGAGAGAACACGACAUGGACACAGCAGCUUUAUAAUGCUCUCCUAGUGGAAGGAGGGAACACGACAUGGACACAGCAGCUUCAUAAUGCUCUCCUAGUGGAAGGAGGGAACACGACAUAGACACAGCAGCUUCAUAAUGCUCUCCUAGUGGAAGGAGGGAACACGACAUGGACACAGCAGCUUUAGAACCAUGUAGCGUAGGAUGUCCUCUGGGACCAGAGAGAGACGAGGAAAGAAAGGAGAUGAUACUACAGAGAAUGCAGAGUGUUGUUGAUGACGUCUCUAAGCUUCGGACUUUAGAAUGUGUGUAACACUCUAGAAUGUCCAGUCAUAAUGCCAACUCUAGAAUCCAUAAGGGCUAGUGGUCCGGGAGAAGGUUCUACCCAGUGAGGUCAGAGAGGAGCGACCAGCCUCGUCACAGAGAGACACAAAUACAAGUCAAAUGGGCAAGUGACAUGGAACGACAAGAAAUGGAAUAAGCCCAAUGGGCCGAUGAACACUAGAAAUACGUCUCAAAUGGCACCCUAUUCUCGAUGCAGUGCUAGUCUAGCUAAUAGGGUACCAUUUGGGACAUAUACCCUAGGUGAGUUUAGUAGUGAGAAGCUGUCUUCUGAAGCCAGUUUUUUUUUUCUUUUUUUCCAAGGAGCACCAAGUGAUUUCUCCAGAGAGAAUGUGCAUUUUGUUUGUUUCUUUUUGUUAAAUUAAUCUAUUUUUACAAGAAUCGCUAAAAAUGUCUUUCUAUGUUAAUUCAGGAAAAGAGAAGAUGCAGCUGUUUUACAUGUCAAAUAUUGAACAGAUUUUUACUGAUUAAAAAUGUUUUAAUUUAAUCAA